CCUCUGAGGGUCUUACCCCACAAGGCAUUACCCCUCAAAUCCCUACCCCUCGGGGUCUUACCCCACAAGGCCCUGCCCCACAGGGACUAACUCCACAAAGCAUUACCUCUCAAGUCCCUACCCCACAGAGUCUUGCCCUACAGGGCCUUACACCACAAAACCUCUGUAGCCCUACUCUACAAGGUCCCACCACACCAAGAAUUUCCCUGCAAGGUCUGACCCCACAGGGCCCUAUCCCACAAGGCCUGACCCAACAGGCCCCUUCCUUACAAAGCCUUCCCCAACAGGCCCCUUCCCUACAAAACCUUACCCAGCAGGUCCCUACCCCACAAGGCCUGACCUCACAUGGCACUGUCCCACAAAGUCUUAACCAACAGGUCCCUACUCCACAAGGCCUAACCCCACAGGGCCCUAUCCAACAAAGUCUUACCCAACAGGUCCCUCUCCCUCAAGGCCUAACCCCACAUGUCCUUGACCUCAGUAUGACAGGCCUGACACAGAGAUCACUCAGCCAAAAAGAUCUGGUUACCCAAGAACUGACUGAAAGACUUGCAGCUGCUGAGCGCACCCACAUCUCUGACCUGGCAGAAAGGGUCCAAUUAUUAGAGCAUUAUGAUCCCCAAGAGAGCCCAGUUAUACAUUCUACAGGCAUUGUGCUACCCAGAUUCAGGUCUGGUAAGGUGGACUGCAAGACUUUCAAACCCAAACAUUUUGAUCUACAAAGUCUGCAGAUUGGAACAUACAGGAUGGAUUAUGAUCCUUGUGACAAGAACAGGAUUGCAAAGUUGAAGGUCAUUUUUAGUAAAAGGCGAAUACACUACGAUUUUCAGAUGAACUCUUCCAAGGAUGCCUUGCAGACCCAUACUAGGAAUAUGGCAAAUAUCGAAGUAGAUUUCGAAUCAAUUGUAGGCUUUACCAUAUUUGGAAGGGAGAUUGUCAUUGAAGUAAAUCAGCCACCAUACAUGCGUAUAGGUCAAAGAAUGAAAGAUGGAUUUGAUAGUGAGAGAAGGAGUGUGAACCAGUUACUUGGAGUGGAUUUGACGAAGGGUCAAAUUGAGACUGUUCCUUACCAUAGGCUGACAUUGAAAUCGGAUGUUGGGAUACUGUUGCGUCGCAGCUUGGAACUGUUUGAUCUACGAUUCUGCCUCAUGCUGCGUCUGCCUAUCUUCGAAGAUGAAAAGAAAAUAUUGAAGCCUGUGAACAAGCCAACAUUUGCUUUCAACAUUCCUGCAGAAUAUGGCAUGCAGAAUACGAGUGUAGCAGAUAUGCCUAAGCAUUUACUUAGCUAUGGAGAUACCCCCAUCAAUUUACCACGCAAGGAUGUCCCCACCUGCAAAUGCAUUAUGGGAUGCGAUCUAAACUGUCAAUGCACGCAAGAUCAGAACCUAUGUAGCAUAGCAUGUGGCUGCCACCAACAGUGUGCCAAUCCAUUGAAUAUUUUACAAUCUGAAGGGAUAGUGGUCUCCAAGGCAACACUUGACAGUUGCCUGAUGGGAAAUAUUUACAAGACUCCUCGUAUACUGCAAAAACUCUGGUCUUCGCUGAAAUUUCCGUGCUGCAAUAAGGUGUCCAUCUUGAAAUUCUGCAUCCCAGGAAUUAUCACAUGCGUCAAAUGUCGAGUCCAGUAUGUGUAUUCCUGGUGUAAAGGUGAGUUACUCACAUAUCAAGGCCAGCCAAUCCACUGUGCUGCAUGUGGUAGAUGUAAGAGGAAUGAUGGGUCAGAUAGCGACAACCAAUGCCAGAAAUGCCAGUCCAUAAAGCAUGUAGAAGAUGUUACAAGUCCAACCAUACCAACUCCACCUCCUCUGGUACUUGGAGACAUCUUAAACCCAUUGUCCUAAAGACUCCUUCAUCAAGAGAUGAAUGGUUGUAAAGAUUAGGAAACCCUUAAUGUAAAGAGAUCAGCAGCCAAGAAGCUUUAGUUUCUAGAAAAAUGAACAUUUCUAUUGAUUUAGAGAGAGCAAUUGUAAAGAUUGAGAAACCCUUAAUGUAAAGAGAUGCAGC